AUGGCGACCCAUGCCCAACCCCAGAAGCUCAUAAUUGCCUCAAACCGCCUUCCACUUUCCGUCAAGCGCAAGGACGGCACCUACGAGGCGAUUCCAUCCAGCGGAGGCUUGGUGACCGCCUUGAAGGGCCUGAAAUAUUCCGACUACCUGUGGCUAGGCUGGCCCGGGGUCGACAUCGAUGAACGGGAUAGAGAAAGUGUUGAUAAAGCCCUAGCCAAAGAGAAUGCGGCCGCAGUAUACCUAGAUGAGAAUUUGGCCCAGAGCCAUUACAAUGGAUUCUCCAAUGGUGUUCUAUGGCCCACGCUACAUUACCAAUCGGACGUUUCGUUUGACAAUGAGACGUGGGAAGCGUACCAACGCGUCAACAACAUCUUCGCUGAUCGAAUCAGUGAAGAGGCGGUGGAUGGUGACCUAAUAUGGGUGCACGAUUACCACCUACUCUUGCUACCGGGGUUACUACGUGAGCGCCUUCAUGCGCAAAACAAAAGGUGUCCUAUAGGAUACUUCCUCCACACCCCCUUCCCAGCUGAUGAUUUCUGGAGAGGCCUUCCUUUUCAGAAACAGAUGCUUGAUGGUGUCCUUGGUAGCGACCUUGUUGGCUUCCAUACCGAUGAGUAUAAGGCGAACUUCGCUAACGCUUGCGGAACUCAUCUUAGUGCGGAAGUUGAAGGCGGGAAAAUCCACUACAAUGGUCGUAUUAUUAGCAUUGAUAAAUACGUCGUGGGGAUUGAAUGCCAGAGGUUCGCUAAUACAAUCGAUCAUCCCGAGGUCCAGGCCAGAAUCCAAGAGCUUGAGACUCAACACAAGGGCAAAACGAUCAUUAUUGGCGUGGACCGCAUGGACUAUACGAAGGGGUUGCCUGAAAAGUUGGAGGGCUUCCGGGUCUUCCUCGAACAACACCCCAAAUGGAGGGAAAAGGUUGUGUUAAUCCAGAUCGCCAUUCCGAGUCGGGAAGAUGUCAAGAAGUAUCAGGAUCUAGAGGGAGAAGUGAGCAAGCUGGUGGGCCAAAUUACCGGCAAAUAUGCUACUCCCAGUUGGACACCAUUGCUCUACAUCCACCGCUCAGUUUCUUUUGCGGAGCUUACCGCUCUAUACUCGGUGUCUGAUGUCUGUCUCCUCACUUCACGCCGGGAUGGGAUGAACCUUGUUGCUUCUGAGUACGUCGCUUGCCAAGAGGCCCGACACGGUGUAUUGGUGCUCUCGGAGUUUACCGGUGCAGCAACCUUCAUGCAACAGGGCAGUCUGUUGUUCAAUCCUUCUAAUGCAAAUGGCCUCUCCGAUGCACUUUACGAUGCUCUUACAAUGGAGAAGGAAGACAGGAAGACAAUGUAUGAAGAGUUGCGGAGCUUCGUCACCACCAACACCAGUUCAAAAUGGACCGAGACGUUCGUCGGGGAACUGAAGAAAUUGCAGAAAUAG